CAUCACCUUAGGCAUUUAUCCCUCCAGAACCCCAGCCCUGGCAAGUAUCACAGGCUCAAAGUGGAAAGACCUCCUCCUGACUCUCCACACUACAGAGGCUUCCCCUACCAUUCCCAUGCCUUGCUCUUGCCCUCUAGUCCACUGAGGGCUGUUGUACAACCCGAAAGGCCCUAUGUACUGCCCCCACAUAGAGCCUUUACCUGGCUCAUCAGUGAGCAAGGACACAGCCCACAGCUCUCAGUCAGACCCCCCCCAUCCCCACUGAUGGCUAAAAUGCUGGUGGAGGAGCUGCUUCCUGAUUCCAAGGGCAAGUUCUCACAAGCGCACUCCUCACCCCUACAACGCCUUUAUCUGUGAAACCCCUCUGAUGACCAGGCAAACCUGAGGUGCUAACAUGAUGCUGAGCUUCUGUUUGCACGUGUUGGGCUGUGACUAAGGGGAUUGACUCCAAGUUUUCUGGGUGCCAGGGGUCACAGGGCUCAUGUGGGGAGAGAUGACGUGACACAUUUAUCCAGCAGACUUUUGCUGAGCACCCACUGAGUGUCAUCCCAGGUGCAGGGUGCUAGUGGGAGCAUCCUGCCUUGGGAGAGAAUGGCUGAACUCCCCUGGAGCUUUGGAACUGUUAGAGAGAGUCUGCCCAACCCCUGGGGAGGGUCUACUCCAGGCUGGAUAUCCCUGGGUCCCUGAUUAUGCUUUUUCCCUCAGUAUUUUAUUAUGAAAAUUUUAAAACAUAAAAUCUGGAAAAAAGUUGAACACCUAUAUACCCACUGCAGACUUCACAAUUAGUAUUUUGUUAUAUUUGCUUUGCCACGUAUCUAUCUAUCCUUCCCUCUAGUCAGCAAUUAACUCAUCUUAUUUUUUUGACUGAUGUGUUCUUGAAUCAGCCAGAGCCCUCACACCCCUAGAAGGAGGCAAGCCAACUUACCUGUUGCAACUUUGCACACAGGGGUGUCUUCUCUCCCUCGGUUCAGGCUCAGCUUGGGGCUCUACAGUGAAAGGACUGUAGAUACCAGGGGCUUGUGCAUGGGAGCCCCAAGGCCUGGAGUCUGUCAGAGAUUUGGUGGCUGUCAUCCUUCCACCCCUAAUCUCCAUCCAGGAUCGGCCAGUCACCAAGGGCCCAUACCUUGCCCUCCUGUGCACAAGGCCCCUCCUAGGUGUAUCAUCUCAUCAGGAACAGUGUGGGCUUUGGAGCCAGACAGAUGAAGGUUUGGGUCCAAACACACCAUGUGGCGGGAGAGUCAGCAUCUCCCUGAGCAAACCGUGACACCCAUUCCAAGCUGAUGAGCAAUCACUGAGGUGAUAUGUUAGGAUUUGCAACCCGCCAGCACCCCCGUCCUGGCCCUGGCCCUUCCACAGCAGAGCUGGUGCUGGUGGACAUUCCCUGUACCAGUCAGGAACACGCAUGGGUGCUGAGCAGGCUUCUCUGAGUCUGGUGCUCCUGAUAGCCCUGGGAGACUUCCUUGAUCCCAGCCACCAGGUGGUUACCGUAAGUCUAACCACAAGUCCUUGGUACCUGGUGCUCAACAUUUGGGAUGUGAGGUGGUUCAGGGAUCCAGUCAGGGGCCAGGCUUUGUGGGGUGGAGGAGCUGAGAGCCUCACACCCAGCUGGGCUCUGUCUGAUAAGUCAAGGCCUGGGUGGAGGACCUUGACCUAAAGAGACCCUCCUCCUGACUAGAGCAUGGCGGGGAGCUGAACCUCCACAGCUGCCUGGCCUCAGUCCUGGGACUUUGGCUCAAGGAUGAAGAGAACCAUAAAGCCAGGCCCAGUGCUCAACCUCAUGCCUGCCACAAUGUUGCUGCUCAGCCUGAUCCUUACCCCGGUCCUCCUUGGCUCCUCCUGGGCCUGGGGGCACCCAGGAGGAGGAGAGGAGAGGUGUGCUGGGAUGUGGGAAGCAGGUCCUCACCAGCCCAAUGGUCAGGUUGCAGCGUUCCUGCCAUCAGACCGGUGCUGAGCUUCAGCCAGAGGAUUGUCAAUGGGGAGAACGCAGUGCUGGGCUCGUGGCCCUGGCAGGUGUCCUUGUAGGACAGCAACAGCUUCCACUUCUGCGGUGGUUCCCUCAUCAGCCAGUCCUGGGUGGUCACUGCUGCCCACUGCAAUGUUGUGCCAUCACGCACCCUUUCUGGAACCCCACCACCAUGAACAACGAUCUGAUGCUACUAAAGCUCGCCUCCCCAGCCCAGUACACAACACGCAUCUCACCAGUUUGCCUGGCUUCCUCAAAUGAGGUGCUGCCUGAAGGCCUCACGUGUCACCACUGGCUGCGGCCGCCUCAGCGGUGUGGGCAGUGUGACUCCCGCACGCCUGCAGCAGGUGGUUCUGCCCCUGGUCGCCGUGAGUCGGUGCCAGCAAUACUGGGGCUCACGCAUCACCAACUCUAUGAUCUGUGCAGGGGCGUCGGGGCCUCCUCGUGCCAGGUGAGCACUGGCACCCUGUCCUGUCCUCUGCACUGUCCUGUGGCACUCCCACCCCCGACACUGACUUCUCCCCUCUCCUUCCAUCAGGGUGACUCUGGAGGCCCACCUGUCUGCCAGAAGGGGGACACGAGGGUGCUCACUGGUAUUGUCUCCUGGGGCACCCAUGACUGCAACGUGCACGCGCCUGCCACGUACACUUGGGUUAGCAAGUUCGGUACCUGGAUGAAUCAUAGCCUACAACCAAGCCCACCACAGGCCCUCUCCCUAUCUCAGUCCGAUAAAGACCCCAGGCUCUGUCCUCUUGUGUAUGCCUGUCUGUCUUCCUGGUUCAGGGAAAAGGAGAGGAGGCUCUUGGGGCCCCCACUCCCCAAGCGGACUUUGUCUUCUGGCAUGGCACGUGUUGAGUCAGGAUCCUCCUAGACUAGCCGUGACCAGGCUGGGCUCUCCCCACCUCCCCACCGCCUCCUGGGCAACCUCUUGUCCACAGCAAGAGACUGGGCUGUCGGAAUGAAUGGGCAGCUUUCCCUGGGGAAGGCAGCCUGUUUAUUGAGUAUGAAGGAUACAUUUACAAACUGAGUACACAAAAUAAAUAACUGCACAUUCUCCAUCCACAGUCCAUGGCAUAAAGGCCCAAGUCACCAAACUCCCUCCGUCCUACCUUCAGGACCAGGCCCAUCCUGGCCAAAAGAGGAA